CACAAUCUCAUUUUGAUUCACACAAGCAACAGUCGAGAUGGCGUUUCGAGUGGUCGUUCUCAUUUCGGGCAACGGGUCCAACCUCCAAGCAAUCAUUGACGCGCACGCCGCCGGCACUCUGCCCGUUGAGCUUGUGACUGUGAUGUCGAAUCGCAAGGAUGCGUAUGGCUUGACGCGCGCGACGAAUGCCGGAAUUCCCACCAGCUAUUUCCCAUUGAAACCAUUCAAGGACGCAGGCAAGACCCGCGAAGAAUACGACGCCGCACUGGUGGCUGAAAUCCAAAAGCUAAACCCGGACUUGAUUGUGCUCGCGGGCUGGAUGCAUAUUCUCUCCAAGGGGUUUGUGGAUCCGUUCGAAGGCAAAAUCAUCAACUUGCACCCAGCCCUGCCUGGCCAAUUCGACGGCGCCAAUGCCAUCGAGCGCGCGUAUGAGGCCUUCAAGAAGGGGGAAAUCACAUCGACCGGCGUGAUGGUUCACAAGGUGACGGCUGUUGUCGAUCACGGUGAAGUGAUUUGCCAAAAGGCUGUCCCCAUUCUCCCCGCAGACACCUUGGCGGAUCUUCAAGAGCGCAUGCAUUCGACAGAGCACGAGCUGAUUGUUGAAGGUGUUCGCAAGCUUGCCACCAAGCCAUAGUCGGAGUUGUGGGUUCUUUUUGUCGGAACAAACAACCAAACCAUCCAUGAACAAGCGGGCUGGUGUAGAAAUGCAAAUACAAAACAAGAAAAUAUCCCUUGAAAGACGCGUCACGGAACCAUGCUGGACUGAACGAGGCUGGGUCUGAGAAGGAAUUUUUGUUUGUACAAGCCAUUGAAUCAAAAACGAGGGAAAAAACGAA